ACCUGUUCAGGCAGGUGUCUGGUCCAGGGGGUCUGACAGACCAGCGUCACCUCACCAUGCUGCUUUAUGAAGCCAUCCAGAUCCCGCGACAGCUGGGAGAGGUGGCCGCCUUCGGGGGGAGCAAUGUGGAGCCCAGUGUACGCAGCUGCUUCCGUAUGGCCCCAGGGAAGCCAGCCAUCGAGGUAUCUCAUUUCCUGGAGUGGAUGAGCCUGGAGCCCCAGUCUGUAGUGUGGCUGGCUGUUCUACAGCGUGUGGCUGUGGCCGAGUCCGCCAAGCACCAGGCCAAGUGUUACAUCUGUAAACAGUGCCCCAUCAAGGGAUUCAGGUACCGCAGUCUGAAACAAUUCAACGUGGACAUCUGCCAGACGUGCUUCCUCACGGGACGCACCACCAAGGGAAAGAAGCAGCUCCAAUACCCCAUUAUGGAGUACUAUACCCCAACCACCUCAGGAGAGAAGAUGCGGGACUUUGCCAAGACACUGAAGAACAAGUUCCGGUCGAAGCAGUACUUCAGUAAGCACCCUCAGCGGGGCUACCUGCCUGUCCAGUCGGUGCUGGAGGCCGAGAGCUCUGACACGCCGUGCUCCUCUCCCAAGCUACCCCAUGCAGACACACACAGCAGAAUCGAGCACUUUGCUAGCAGGUUGGCAGAGAUGGAGAACCAGAAUUGUUCCUUCUUCACAGAUAGCCUGUCGCCUGAUGAGAGUCUGGAUGAAGAUCAGUACCUCCUGCGUCACUCCAGCCCCGGCGCCCUGGACCAGGACUCCCCCAGCGGACAACAGAUGCUGCUGGCCCACCUGGACUGUCAGGACAAGGACGAGCUGCAGAGAACGCUGGCCCGCCUGGAGAACGAGAACCGGGUGCUGCAGGGGGAGUGGCGGCGGCUGAAGUGGAGGCAUGAGGAGGCGGCUGCGGCGCCCCAGCUGACAGAGGGAGGUGAGGGGGUUCCGGGAUCUCCCACGGAGGGCCAGCAGGACGAGGAGCUCCUGGCCGAGGCAAGGGUCCUCCGGCAGCACAAGACUCGCCUGGAGACACGCAUGCAGAUCCUAGAGGACCACAAUAAACAACUGGAGUCCCAGCUGCACAGGCUACGAGAGUUACUGCUGCAGCCCAAAGAUGAUUCGGAAGCCAACGGGUCGGAACCUUCGUCCCUGUCAUCUCCGGUGUCAGGGGGAGGCCGUCAGGGGGACGGACCCAGUAGAGAGACCACAGACACAGAGGCAGCAGGAGAUGGCGAUGAUGAUCAUGAACAGGACACAGUGCAGCAGCUGCAGGAGGUCAUAGAGCAGCUGAGAAACGUCUUCCCUUCAGAACCUGGAACCACGUCACUCAUCUAACCCAGGGCGACGCUUGGAGUGCAGAGUGAUGCCUGAUGGGAUGCCUGAUGGCCCGUGCCCCAUAUAGCUGCCGUCAGAGGGACAGAGAGUGCACCAGGUCCUUGACCCAUACAGCAGCUCACCCAGAGCUGACCCCUCUCCCUCCCCCUGGACCUCUGUGCACUAACCACCCCUGUGGGAGCCAAAGGCUAACAGCUAAUGCUAACGUCCAGGCCGGGCCAAGCACUAUGCUAACAAGCUAUGGCUAAAGUMAUGCUAUGCUAAGCGGUGCAGCCAGACACUGUGUUAACCAGCUAAGGAGGCUAAGGAAGCCAACGGCUAACGUUAGCAGCCCAGCCAGGCAGAAACAGUUUUAGCUAGCUAAUCCACUACUGGCUAACGCUAGCAUCCCAGCCAUGACACUGUGCUAACCAGCGUCCACGUAGUCGUCCGAAGGUGUGACGUUUUAUAUCCAUACAGCACAAGGACCUUCCACAAAAAUGACUUUUACACAAUGCAAAAAUGAGUGAGGAUUUCCAUCAUGUUUGUUCUAUCCAGUAACUGCGUGCGUUUGUGUUUUUCCUGUUUUCUAAUGCGUUUCAAACUUCUCUUUUUUUUACGAGGCGUUCAUGCGCACCAGCGUUGACUCGAUGUGGGCCAGGCUGGCUGCGUUUCAUGCGGCUGGGGCAGGCGUACCCAGAGCAAAGCAGAGCAGAUUGUCGGGGAGCCAGCGGGACCCACAACAAGCUUAUUGACUCUGUGGGACUGACACAUCAUCAGUAAAACCCUCUGAUUUAUUUAAGACAGCCAAAGUGCCUGCCAGCGCAUGCAGCGCUGCUUCUGUGCACACAGCUCCUCUAAUCUUCCCAAASUGGGAUGCCUGUCGUCUCUCUCGCAUGGCUCCCCUCUUUCUCUGUCACAGUGAGUGCACAUAUCACACGCGCGCGGACCCACGUUGUUUCAGAUGAACUCUCAUGCUGUAUUAACACACGUACUCAUACUCAGAUUCAUAUCACAUACAGUAGGAAUACACASGUAUAAACGCACAUACGCUUGCACUCACAGCCACAAACUUUUGUGAAACGAAAUCAGUGACGAAAGAAGGGCUGUGAUUUUGCGUCUCUCUGUUCAGGAGGAGAGUCUCGAGACAACGCCGAUAUGUGUUUAGCUGAGAAAGCGUCUAGCUUUAAAGGCCGGGCCCUCCUCUGGCUCCCGCUGCGUGCACAGCAGAGAAGGCAUGGUGCCCCAGUGCCCCAUGUUGCUUAAACCUUUCAGGGGUACACAAAUGCCUAGGAUAGUAGGAGCUCGACGCUGGCGGGGCGGUUGGGCUACCAUCACACCAGGAUCAUGUGACGCUCCAGACAGAGCACAGUCUAUUUGCCUUAAACCCAGACAGAGCUCAGCACGGACCAAUACGUGUGUUUUAUGUUGCUGCCUCAAACAUUAUUAAAUGGAGUUCGCCCUGGCGCUCUCUCUCUCCUCUCUCUCCUCCCCCUCUCCCUCUCUUCUUUUCUCUUUUUAUGCUUGUGACUCAUCCAUUUGUCUAUCAGAUGUUAAAGUACUGGCUCACAUAUGCCUUUUUUGUCAUUCAGUGUUUUCACAAUCAGAGGAGGAAAUUGCAUCAGUUGGGUGUAGUGGGUGGAUGUGAAUGUCAUUCAAUAUCAGAUGCUAGUUCUGUUUAGGGGUCUGGGUUCUGUGGCAUUUUGCAUUAGAGGCAUCAGAGAGUCUUUAUGAGUAAGGACAGGGAAGACAGUGGGAAUUGACAGCGCUAGAGCGGCCUAGCACCUGAGAGACUAAUUAAAAGGGUGGGGUCAAAUAGGGCUUUGGUGGGGUGGAGGGAGGGAGGAUGCUGGGAAUGUGAUAGCGAAGUGGAAGGGAGGCUCGGAGGAGGGGAGAUCUGAGAGACCAAAGGAAAGGGGAAGAAAAUAGUCUGUUUAGUGCUCCUGGGCUGAGUGGAGAGGAGCCAUCCACUUUGAUGUGCUUGCCACAGCAAAUCUCCAAGAGACGGACGCAGACAGUAGGCGAGCGGUUUGCUAGAAAAAAAAAGGACAGAUGCUCUGUUUUUUUAUGAGGUACCACUUCCAUAAAGUUCUUACACCCACAGUCGCAGGGAGCCAUGAUGUGAAUAGUUUGUAUUCAUUCAGAGAACAUUCUGACCUUAUUGCCAAGAACAGAUUUCAGUUUGAAUCCCAUCCCAGUAUUCGUUAGACUUUAUCCCCUCCAGGCGCCGGCGUUCACAUUUCACAUCGUCGAGUUCCGUCGUGGCUGUCUGUUUGUUUUGCUGCUGUUGCUAGGGAACUGUACACUGUACAGGUUGAGAGUCAGCAAGGUGGGGCGCCGUUCAUAAUCGAAAUGAUAAUAACCAUAUGGGGAAGAGAGGGCGCCUCGAUUCCAUACCUCAGCCGCCUUAUCCCCCGAUCACUCCUUAACCACCCCCGCUGAACAAUGCCUGCCACUGUUUAGUGUGUAACUGGCAUAGAAAGUCAUUAUCAUUGACAUCUGUUCUACCUUUGCCAAGGGCUGACGUGCACCGGCAACCUUCUUUACAGGAUCCAGGAACAAAGAAUUGCUCAAGUGAAAAAAACACGCAACGCAAAUAAUGUUUACUCUUUGGAAACCUCUUUAAUGUGUAUUUUUUUUUUUUUGUAAACACA